AUGACUGGGCUAAAUAAUCCAGCCCCCAAGAAGUUGGGCACGUUAUCAUGCAUGUCUCUCAUAACAAACAAGAUGAUUGGCACAGGAAUCUUUCUGAUUCCUGCCACCAUAUUUCAAUAUACCAAUGGAAGCGUGGGUUUAUUAUUACUUUUAUUUCUAAUGGGGACGGUGGUUAUCAUGUGUGGGCUCGUCAUAUACCUUGAAUAUGCAUUGAACUUACCAUUCAAGAACGGAGGCGAAAAGAAUUACCUAUUAAGAACUUACAGAUACCCUAAGGGCUUAAUUGGAUGCGUAUAUGCUUUUCAAAUCGUUCUACUUGGAUUUAGCUCCGGGAAUAGUUAUGCUUUUGGUAAAUACGUCUUGUUUGCAAUUGACGCGGAAAAUGAAGCUUUGGUGAAGUUGGUAGGUGUUGGUUGUAUUACCUUUUGCAUUUUGUUGCAUAUCAAAUAUCCAAAUCACGGUACCUCAUUAUUUAACUUCUUGGGUAUGUCUAAGAUCUUAAUUCUUAUCAUGAUCAUAUUGGUGGGUAUAUUUGCUAUUCCAAGUACAAACACUGAUAACUUUCACGAUAUUUGGAGCUACGAAAAUAAUGAGAGUCCUAGUUUCUACUCAAUAUCAGUAGCAAUGCUUGAAGUCAUAUAUUCAUUCAAAGGAUGGGAAAAUGCCAACUACGUUCUUAAUGAAGUAUCAGACCCGUAUCAUAUCCUUACAAUAGCUGCCCCUUUAGCGGUCAUAAUAACUUCGUUGCUCUAUUUUUUGGUCGUUAUAGCAUAUUUAAUAGUUAUUCCAAAAGACGAAUUUUUAAGGUCAGGAGUGCUUGUCGCUGGGAUAUUCUUCAGUAAGGUAUUUGGAGAGUCAAUCGCAUCCAGAAUAUUACCGUUGAUCAUAUCAAUGAGCAAUUUAGGUAAUGUGUUGGUAGUCUCAUUUGCACAUGGACACCUCAAUAAAGAAUUGGCUGACAAUAACUAUAUUCCCUAUUCAAAGUGGUUUCAGAACCUCAGAAACUCUUUACUCUUGCAUUGGAUUAUCACAGUUAUUGUAUUGGUUGCGCCUCCAUCCACAGAGAUUUACGAAUUCAUUGUAAACCUUUACAUUUAUCCAGGAACUUGGAUUAAUGUUCUUCUUACUUUAGGUUUGAUCUACUUGAAGGUAAACGAAGAGAAAGAAAACUGGGGAAACUAUCACUAUCUAGAAGUUGAAGGAGACCCUGACUCUGAUGCUCCCUCUAACGAUGAUUUUUCGAUUGGUCCCAUUAGGCUGACCAGAAACAAACCGAUAAGUGCACCUUAUAUAUGCAUUGCAAUUUUCCUAGUUGCAAACAUUUUCCUAGCAGUUUUCCCAUUUAUUCCACCUCCAGUGAAAGGAUCACAAAUACCUUACUGGUUAUUUCCUACAAUUGGAUCUGCUGUUUUACUUUCAGGUGCCGGUUUCUAUUACUCAAGAAAAUGGUAUUCUGAGAGAAACGGUAAAGAGGUAGUUUAUAUAGAAUAG